AUGAUUUUUAAACAAACUAAUAAACAAUGGUCACAACAAACGAAAUCCAUCGAAUUGAAUACAAAUUUACAUGUUGGUCUACAUGAUUCAUUAGUUCAUUUAAUUCAUAAUAAUGAUUAUGCCGACAUAACUAGUGCAACAACAUUUAAUGAAGCUAUUUUCAAAGCAUCUAUUGAAUGGUACAAUAGUGAUACACUAACUAAGCAUCGUCAACUUUAUUGGAUUGAAUUAUUUGAAAGAGUAUGA